GCCUCUCCUCCCUCCACAACAACUCCCCCCUCCUACUCCUCCGCCUCGGCUCCCGUCUCGCACUCCUCAUCUCCUCCGCCUCCGCCGCCGAGCAAUGCUUCACCAAACACGACCUCACCUUCGCCAACCGCCCCACUCUCCCCAGCAGCCAGCGCCUUUCCUACAACUUCACCACUCUCGUCGCCGCCCCUUACGGCCCCCACUGGCGCAACCUCCGCCGCAUCGCCACGGCCGAACUCUUCUCAUCUUCCAGCCUCAACUACUUCUCUCAUGUCAUCACCGAAGAAGUUGCUUUUCUGAUAAAACAGCUCAGCGGUGGAAGCGGGUUUCGGAAAGUGGAGGUCAGGGAGAAGCUCGAUGAGUUGGCUUUGAAUGUGGUGAUGAGGAUGAUGGUGGGUAGAAGGUGUGAUGAGGAAGAGGGGAGGAGGUUUCGGUGGGUGGUGAAGGAAGGGUUUGAGUUGGUGAAGGAGAGCAGUGUGGGGGACUUCUUGCCGUUUUUGAGGAAGGUGGGGAAUGUGGGGAGGGAGAAGAGGAUGGUGAGGUUGGAGAAGGUGGCUGAUGAGCUUUUUGAGAAGGCGGUGGAGGAAAUGAGGAGGAGGAGGAGGAGAGGGGAGGAGGGGGAAGAGAGGACUAUCGUUGGUCGCUUGUUGGACUUGCAGGAGGAGGACAGAGAGUAUUACACUGAUGAGAUCAUCAAAGGGGUCAUAUUGACUAUGAUAGCAGCAGGAACAGACACAACAGCUGAGACACUUGAAUGGGCAAUGUCUCUUCUCCUAAACCAUCCUCAAUCAUUGCAGAAAAUUAGAUCUGAAAUAGAACUACUUGUCGGCCAUGAUCAUCGCCUCAUCCAAGUCUCUGAUCUCUGCAACUUGCCAUACAUCCAUAGCAUACUCAAAGAGACUCUCCGCCUCUAUCCUGUCGCCCCUUUGUUACUCCCUCACGAGUCCUCACAAGACUGUACUAUUGCUGGCUUCCAUGUCCCACGAGGCACCAUACUCUUUGUCAACGUCUAUCAUAUUCACAGAGAUCCCAAUAUGUGGGAAGAGCCUAAAAGCUUUAAGCCGGAAAGGUUCAUGGAGGGUGCAACUACUGGUUUAGGAUAUAAGAUAACGAUAAUGCCAUUUGGGAUGGGGAGGAGGAGUUGCCCAGGAGAAGGAUUGGCUAUGAGGCUUAUGGGAUUUGCUCUUGGAGCUAUGAUUCAAUGCUUGGAAUGGAGGAGGUUGGGGGAGGAUGAGGUGGAUAUGGAAGAAGGUGCCGGGAUGACAAUGCCAAAGGCUAAGCCCUUGGAGGCCUUGUGUAUGCCAAGAGGAAUUAUCGUAUGAGUGGUCACUUGUUCGAGAAAUUAUUAGUAGUGAAUAAGAGAGCAACUGAUUCAAACCUCAUAUAUAUACUAAUGCAUACAAUAUAUUGAUUAGUUAGAUGGAUGUUGAUAUGAUUCUGAUCAAGAAGUUUUAUGCAAUCAAUUAGGUUGUUAUACAUAUAUGCUUGCAUAUAA